AUGACAGUGUACGCAGCAGCAGCAGCAGCAGCAGGAAGGGGCGUAAUCGCAGCAGCAGCAGGCAGCAGCAGCAGCAGCAGCAGCAGUGUGCUGUGGGUGGUGUUGCUGCUUUGUUUGCAGCUGCAAGCAGUUCACGAAAUUGCUGAGAGGGAAGUUAGUGCCUUCGAGUUCAAUUUCGACAUCCUCCAGGACAUGGCGAUGGAGCAGUACAUUGACGAAGUGCUGAAGCGCGAAGGCCCCAGGGGUUUGAUGCUGGCGGGGGCUGUGGCGCCUCCCACGGAGAACUUGCCCAAAACCCUAGACAAGCGUGUAGGGUGA